UUUUCCAAAAACAUUAAAAAUCGUGCAUGAAGAUAUGUGAAUCCAUUACACAUCAAAUUAAGAGAUAUUCAUACUGGGAAGCCCAGUAUAAUUAAUCUUGGUUUAAAUACAAUUGUGAUAGUUUUGGACUACAGUUUAAAUUGGCUUUUUGGAAUCAGCCAUGCAACGGAAACAGUAUUAUUAUUAUUUUUUAAAUUAAUGUGUAUUCAAUUCUUUCCUGGUGAAUGAGUCUUCCACAAUGAUCUGUGGUCACUCUUUCUUGUACAAUAACCCCAUAUCAACAGCAAAGCAUGCUUCGCUUCCCAAGCGAUCCUCAACUCCAAACAUACAGAAAGCCCGCAUCGCUUCACAGCGCGCAACCAGUAUUCCAAACAACUGGCGCCUACCGGUCGUUCCAAAGUAUCAACUUUCACUACCAGACGCCGGUCAGCGCGAUUCGAACCCAUCCAGGCCGUGUGCCGUACAGCAAAACCCCCUUAGACCGAUUACGAAUAACGCCGCACAGAAAACCUUAACCGAUCAACAUGAACAUGUGCAGCAUCUAACCCAUUCAAAUUCGACGACACGUGUGACUUGAAACAUUACACGCGAUCACUUCGUGGUCUUUGCAAAACUCGCGCAAACCUUCCACACCAAUCAGCCGAUUAUUAGUAAUCAAUGAACCGCACCCGGCAGAGCACCCUUUUUGCUUAUCAAUGUUUGCCUUACUUCCCGUCCGCGUCAACAUAUGUAUUUCCAUCGAUAGCUUGGGGUUUUGAAGUUUGAUUCCGGUUCACCGGCGUUCUGUUUGAACUGAGAACGAAUCGAGAAUCGUAGGCAAACAGCUGAUCAAAUCGCUUGGAGUCAUUUCCGUUUGCUCGUUAGCAUAUGUGUAUGAGAAACAGUGCCAAGCACUGUCAACGCCGGAAUGGAAUUUAUUGAUGAUAAGCGAUCACACACUCCACCAACAUUGCGUAAAUGGGAAGAAUGCUGAGCAGAUUCACGCGCGUAUUGAGUCUAUGAUACGCGCAUACGAUCAUCAUUGAUCAAUGCUGUUGGGCAUUUGAUCGUUUUGUAGGCCGUAACUUGUUUGCGCGCGAUAAGAUGCAGCCGCAGUUUUUGGUCCCCUUGGAACUUUAGAGGUCAGAAGAAUCUAAAACUGGCCAAAAUGCAACCGGUCGUCUCCAGCAGAACAGUCACAGGUAUAAAAGAUGAUGUUAGAAUCCAAUAUGCAGUACAUCACAUCUGCUCUUCAAUUUGCAAACAUCUGUAACGCAAAUACGCACAUCUUCACAAUGCGGUUUACCUUCGUUAUGCUGGUAGUGCUACUGGCAGGAGUAACACUCACAUCUGCCAAGCCCUUGAUCCUGACGAAGGCAUUCCUCCGCUAUGUCCUGCCCACUAUAACAGCCAAAGUAGCCGGUCUGUCCGGACUGAGUGGUCUCACUGGUCUCACAGGACUCACUGCAUUGGGUAGCCACUCAAAUCGAUUGGGAGGACUCUCAAGCGUCAAGAAACCAGAGUCGAUCGGUUCGGUGUAUCUGCCGAAUCGUGUGUACUCAUUCUUGUUCCCGAAGGACACCAUCAACCCUCCGGCAUCGGUUGUGUACCACUCGUUGGAAGAUUACUGCGUUCCCGAUCCAUUCGUGCCACCACCACCUCCACCACCAGUACCUGUGCCGCCACCAGUUGCCUUCCCUCAGCCAAUUGCCUAUCCGCCAGUUGCCGUUCCAGUUGCUUUCCCGCCACCCCCAGCAGCCAUUGCCUACCCACCUCCGCCACCACCACCAGCACCACUUCCAGUUGGACCGGUAGCGCAAACUUGGGAACAGGACGGAGCCCAGACUACGGUGAACGUGGACACUCCCCUCGGCGGACCAUCCGUGUACAUCGCUGAGACACCGGCCGGAAGGCACGAGGCUCCACUUCCGGGCUUUAACGGCCCAGUGCUUUCCUCAAACACAGCCCCUGCACCCGGUACUUCGUUUUAGUGAGUGAGCGAUCAUAAAAUACUAGCCAAAUACCUCCGCAUGACGAUGCCGCCCAGGCACAUGAGGAGAUAAAUUAUUCUAGCCAAUUGCACAAAAUUAGGACAAAUUUAUAGCACAUUAGGAGUGGUUUGCGAAAACUUGAUACUGAGAUGGCAUUUACCGAAUCAUUGGAAUUGCUUAAUUUAAAUUUUUCAUUUGAAAACAUUUGACUUCAAACAUUUGAAAAGUUAGCCCACAGAAUAACUCAAUAGCAAAGUAUUAUUAGAGAAACAUUCAUAGUAUAAAUUCCGAGAAAGUGAAUCAAGGUAACAUCAUUGUGAUUACAUAUCUCAUGCAUUGCAAAUACCCAUAAAGGUAACUAACUUCAAGUAUCAUGAAGGAAAAACAAAGGCCAAGAAAUGCCUUUUGAAAAAAAAAAGAAAU